AUGAAUUCCUCAGAUAUCCAUUUGACAGAAAUGUUAAAGGAGCUGAACUCGAGGAGCAAGAUCAAAAUUGUCCUGGAGGCAGGGCUCUAUGCGCUCAUUUUGUUCUUUUCGGUUGUUGGUAACGCAGCUACCCUCGUGGUUGUGGCAUUAAACAGUCGCAUGCGAACUAUUCCGAACUUGUUCGUUGCGUCACUCGCUAUCACAGACCUCUUGUUAGGAAUUUUAGUGACAGUUCCCAUUUGUUUUCCAACCCUGGUGUUAUCCAAGUAUCCUUUCAGUGACAGGACUUGUCAGUAUCAUGGAUACAUUGUCAUUGUUUUAGCCGUUGCUUCAAUGCAAACAAUGGCCCUGAUGGCAGUGAACCGAUUUUAUCGAAUUGUCCACUCAUCAAAUUGGGCUCCUUUGCCGUACAUCCUAAGUAGUCACAAGAUGGUGUUUCAUCCAUUCAAGUUCUUCUGUUAUCUUCAGAUCGAUAGCGGACCGUUCAUGGCGUAUAUGGUAACUGUUUACAUUGGGCUUCCAACUCUCGUUGUAAUGUACUGCUACCUGAGAAUAUUUGAGACUGUGCGAAGCCAUAACGAUAAUGUCCAUAGCAUUGCAUUAAGAGGAAACCAACUAAAUGUGGAAGAGAUUAAGACAGCUCGAUUGCUUUUUAUCAUUGUAUUGUUUUUCAAUAUUUGCUGGACCCCAGUAAUGUUGAUAGACAUCGUCGACACCUUAAAUGGGAAGUGGAUUUUCCCUCGGGAAACGUACGUAGCAUAUAGCUUCCUAGCUACAGUUAGCGGUUCUCUAAACCCUAUCAUAUACGGUUUACUUAACAAAAAUUUUCGAAGGGAGUAUCUGAAAGUAUUUCGCCGCAGAUAUUGCCGCAAUCGAGCGAAGAUUGAGCCAUCUGUAGUGAUGGAAAGACGACCAAAAACAACCCAACAUCUGCCGCUUGCUAAAAGAUCGUUCUCAAGAAAAAAGAAAAAAAAAUAG